GGGAUAGAAACUCUGCAACGUACAGUGGGAGAAGAAUCAACUCUGUCUUUACUUUCCACAUAUUCAAGUCCACCAUGAAUAGGAAUCUGACAGCACAGCUACAGAUAGCUCUGAUGUACAGGCAAAGUUCAUCUUUCAAGAGUUACGUAACCAGGGGGCAUGUGAGUUGACUAGGCAGUCUGUGGGAGGAGAGAGUGACUGCAGUUCCUGGAUAAACGAUCCACCCUCUGUCCUCACUCUCUGCAUAUCCAAGGUAAUUGGAAUCAGUCAUGGCAGCAGUUGAAAAGCAGUGUUGUUAUGAUAGCGGUGCUUCCCAUAGCUUUCGGUUCUACUUAGAACACUCGGGAGAGCACACGGCCAUUCUCCAAUGUGUGCACAAUGUCCUGCCAGCAGAAUUUAAAAGGAUCGGAUUGGACAAAAGCAGCCUGGAUGUUCUUGGUGUUGGAAGUGGAGGAGGGGAGGUGGAUGCUCAGAUACUAACUCUGCUGCAGUCUACAUUCCCUGCUGUCCCGAUCACCACUGACAUUGUGGAGGGCAGCGUUCAGCUCACAGACAACUUCAAAGCUUUGGUAGCAAAGACCGCCAACCUUCAGAAGAUCCCAUUUACUUGGCACAUGGUGGGCAGUGAGAACUAUGAGAAACAAGUCAAAGCAAAAGUAGCAUUGAAGAAAUUUGACUUCAUACACAUGGUUCAGAUGAUCUACUACGUGGAUAACCUCGCUGAUACCAUCAAGUUCUACCACAGCCUUCUGAAGAACAACGGCAGGCUUAUGAUUAUCGUUGAAGCAGCUAACUCUGGCUGGGACAUCCUGUGGAAGACUUACAAGAAGGAGCUCCAGGUCGAUGCCAUCACAGAGUACCGCUCCUCAGCAGAGGUCAUUGCCUGCCUGAAGAGCCAGGGUCUGAAAUAUGAGGAGCACGCCGCUCCCAACACCUUCGACAUCACCGGGUGCUUUAAUCCAAGCAGCGAGACCGGACAGCGUCUCCUGAACUUCAUGACAGCGAAAGACAACUUCUCCCAGUCCUUCACCCCAGAUAUCAGAGCAGGAAUGCUAGACCUUCUCAGAAACAAGUGCAGCACUGAAAAAGAUGGCAAGGUUUUCUUCGACAGUAAUCUGAGCUGCCUCCUUGUUUACGCUUGAGGUGUCUUAUAGAAAUUGGUCCAUACAUUCUGAUUUCUCUUCUUGCAUUCACUUAACCGUGCUAAUUGAUAAAAAAUGCAGCAUAUUUCUCGGUGCUAAGAUUGAGUUUAACAUUUUCAGUUAUUUUAGCCUAUUUCUACCUAAUUUUGUCUGUAUGUUAACCAACAUUACCAAUAAACACAAUUUCUUGCUUUGCUAGUGGUAAAACACAA